AAGACGUCUAUCAGAUGUUUGUACACAGCAGAUGCUAAGCGAUCUUCAGCAGACAUCUUGCAGACGUAGGCCUAUGUGUGCUAUCUGGCCUACAGGAGUUAAAUAAACACUACUUAGAUUUGGUGUUCAUCUUUUUUAUUUUCUGUUGUAUAUGAGCUCAAAUGAGCAUCUGCUAACUAAUGAAUAAAUUAAUAAAUGACCAGUUAAAAAUGUUGGUGGUGAUCUCUCUCUGUCUGAUUCUACUUAAUAUCUGUUCAGCUAUCAGUACCUCUGUCUGUCUGUUUCCACUAACCAUGGAAAAGUAAGCAUUGCUGGUGCAUGUGAAUCCGCACGCAGGGCUUCAGGGCAUCCCCAGCUGAAUGACGUCAGUCAUGUGCAGCGGACACAUGGGACGUCUGUAACUUUCAUAAUGUGGUAGUGAUGGCUGGUUUCAGAUUGCAGUGCUGGUGGGAGGCGGUGAAGCGCGUGAACUCGUUUAAAAGUGUUGCAGGAUACAGAGAGUCAGCGCUGCUGCAUCCAGCUGCGGGUGUAACUUGGAAGACACACUUCACAGGAACAACACUGUUACUUCACAAGAUCAACGUUUUCCGAGGUGAAAGUUUAGCCAUGGCGUUCUCUUCUGCAUUGUGCAUCUUCAGUCUCUUGGCUUUGGUUCAGGGCCAAUCUGAAUCCCAGCAACCCAAGAUUCAACUCCGCCUAGCCGGUGACAAACGCAAGCAUUACGAGGGUCGUCUGGAGGUCUUCUACAACAACGAAUGGGGGACUAUCUGUGAUGAUGACUUCUCAAUCGAAGCCGCUCAUGUUGCAUGUAGGGAGCUUGGCUACCUGGGUGCUGUGGCUUGGUCCCCAUCUGCAAAGUUUGGACAAGGAGAAGGACGCAUUUGGCUGGACAACGUCCAUUGCACAGGAGGAGAGAAAUCUUUAGCCGAAUGCCCCUCAAAUGGCGUUGGGGUGUCAGACUGCCGACACAGCGAGGAUGUUGGGGUGAUUUGCAAUCAGAAGCGCAUCCCUGGCCACAGGUUCAUCAAUACCAUGAACAACAAUGUUGAGACUCUUGAAGAACGGGUGGAAGAAAUCCGUAUAAGACCCAUUUCAUCCCAUCUCAAGCGCAUACCCGUCACGGAAGGCUAUGUGGAGAUUAAGGACCGGGGCAAAUGGAGGCAGAUCUGCGAUGAGCAGUGGACCCACUUGAACAGCCGAGUCACCUGUGGAAUGUACGGAUUCCCCGGAGAGAAGAAGUACAACAACAAAGUCUACAAAUCACUGUCCAUGCGUAAGAAAAAGAACUACUGGGGUUUCUCAGUGAACUGCACAGGAAAUGAAGCCCACCUGUCCAGCUGUAGGCUGGGCAAAGCCCUGGAGCCCAAGCGGAACGGCACAUGUGGACGUGGCCUGCCUGUGGUGGUCAGCUGUGUGCCUGGAAGAGCUUUUGCCUCCUCAUCUUCCACUGGCUUCCGCAAGGCUUACAGACCAGAGCAACCCUUGGUUCGUCUGCGGGGAGGUGCGAAUAUCGGUGAAGGGAGAGUGGAAGUGCUGAAGAAUGGAGUUUGGGGAACGGUCUGCGAUGAUAACUGGAACCUGAGGGCUGCCACCAUCGUGUGUCGAGAGUUGGGCUUUGGGAGCGCCAAAGAGGCUCUCACUGGAGCGAAGUUAGGACAAGGAAUGGGUCCGGUCCACAUGAAUGAGGUGGAGUGCUCUGGAUUUGAGAAAUCUCUCACUGACUGUUACUUCAAUAACGAUGCUCUGGGCUGCAGUCACGAGGAGGACGCUGCCGUACGCUGUAAUAUACCUGCCAUGGGUUUCCAGAAGAGGAUACGUCUAAGCGGAGGAAGAAACCCAUACGAGGGACGUGUGGAGGUUCUGACUGAGAAGAACGGUUCUCUGAUUUGGGGAACCGUUUGUAGUGAAAACUGGGGGAUGAUCGAGGCCAUGGUGGUCUGCAGACAGCUGGGAUUAGGCUUCGCCAGCCAUGCGUUUCAGGAGACGUGGUACUGGGCUGGAGAUGCAAGUGCAGACAAUGUUGUGAUGAGCGGAGUCAGAUGCUCAGGAACUGAGAUGAGUCUUCCUCAGUGUCUUCAUCACGGCAAACACAUCAACUGCCCCAGAGGAGGAGGACGCUUCGCUGCUGGGGUCUCCUGCUCUGAUACGGCUCCUGACCUGGUGCUGAACGCUCAGCUGGUGGAGCAGACCGCCUAUCUGGAGGACCGGCCCAUGUACGCUCUAGAGUGCGCCCUCGAGGAGAACUGCCUGUCCAGCACUGCCAAAAAGAACGACCACAGCUCCUACCGCCGCCUGCUCCGCUUCUCCUCCCAGAUCCACAAUGUUGGCCAAUCUGAUUUCAGACCCAAAAUGGGUCACCACGCCUGGACCUGGCACGAGUGUCACAGGCAUUAUCACAGCAUAGAAGUUUUUACCCAUUAUGAUCUGCUGAGUCUGAACGGCACCAAGGUGGCAGAGGGUCACAAGGCCAGUUUCUGUCUAGAGGACACUCAGUGUGACGAGGGUAUUCAGAAACGGUAUCUUUGUGCCAACUUUGGUGAACAGGGCAUCACCGUUGGCUGCUGGGACACCUACAGACAUGACAUUGAUUGUCAGUGGAUCGAUAUCACAGAUGUGAAACCAGGAGACUAUAUUUUCCAGGUCGUAAUUAAUCCUAACUAUGACGUAGCCGAAUCAGAUUAUACCAACAAUUUCAUGAAGUGCAAGUGCCGCUAUGAUGGAUACAGGAUAUGGACGUACCACUGCCAUACAGGUGGCUCGCGGAGUUCAGACAUGGACGAAUACCCUGGAAUGAGCAAUCGGUUGCACUUCAGAUAGGAGCGGAUGAGGACAAAGGCUCUCAGUGGAGGACGCUGCGGGCUGUCACUCAGACUAUUCAAAUAUGAUUGACCACUAGAGAGACUCCAGCACUUCGAAGGCAGAGACCGCUGCUCUUUUAGGUUUGAAGUACAGCAUGUUCUUUCACGGUCCCCGCUAUAUCAAGCUUGCUUUGAAUAGAAACUAUUUAAAUGUCUGAAAUGUACUGUACUUGCUGCAUUUUUGGUGCUUGAAAUGCUUGUUUGUUGGUUGUAGUGGUCACAAACCCAUGCUGUAACGUUCAUACUGGGAUCUUUAUUACGUUUUCGAUUCUUCCUGCAUUAUAACAUAAUCACAAAGCCUGCCGUUUCAUGAACUCAACCCUAUUUCUGGCUGUUAAAGACUCUUUUGUGGUUAAUUCAUCAAGCAUGUCAAGUAAUU